CCAAAAUUUGAAAUUUCAGCUAUUCCAGUCUUCAAAUAUCAAGCAGAACGAGUUCACAACCUCCUUCCACGCUCAAUAGUCCACAACAAAGAGGACGAGCAACGAGUACAUUCAGCACGACUUUGGGGCUUGCAAGGCUUUUAAACGAACGAGGUAUUCAUGCUAUAGUGCCCACGGCUGUAAUGAGUAAUCAAAAGAUUGACUCCACUCCUCCAACACCGGCACCUUCUCCCGAAGGUUCUCCUCCUCCAACUCCUCCGCCUUUUAGUGGAAUACAAGUGCCAGAUUUAAUUAAUGUUGGGUCUCUAGCAAGAGGUGUACAUUUGUUAAGAAGAACUCGUUCAAAAAAAUCCAAGUCUGUUACUUCCAAAAAUAAUUCUCAUGCGUCUUCCCAUAAAAAAGAAUCCGAACCUGCUAAAAUCGGACUUUUGGAUAAACUGAGUCGUAUUGGAUUAGAAAACAUCAUGUCCACCACGGCAUCCGAAAUCCCACCAUCGAUUGCAGAAUGUAAAGAAUCUCGGUUUCCUCGCAUAACUGUAAAAUUGAAAACUUUUGACGAAAGUUCUCCUCUUACUCUGACACCUAAAACCGAUGUCGGCGUUAAGACAAGGAUCGAUUUAUCGUGCUUCACGCAGUCUUCUAUGAGUAACAAAUCAAUGGUGGGAACAAGUUACUCUACCGUUCAGUCAUGGAGUUGUGUUCCUUCAGUCAAAUCUACAAAAGUUAAUACAUUCGAAUCGUCUAAUUUGCCAAAACCAGCACAAUUGUUAAACAUUCAAGAUAAAAAUUCUAAUAUCGGAACUAUUGGUGCAUUACGUACUCUUCGUAAAGGAGGUUAUAUUUAGAAGCAGCCACAGGUAUAUUAAAUUUUCAUAAUAAUAACAACAUUAAUCCAUUUUUUUAUAUUAAAAAAAGUGAAAAUUGCAUAGAAUAUCUUAUUCCAUAAAAAAAAAAAGCUUUAUUAUUAAUGUUUAAGAAAAAUUCCACAGUUUUAAAUAUUAGCUAUUGCAUUUGUUUAGAGACCAAUUGAUAAUUUUUACAUAAAUGUCAGCAUUCCAUUUGAAUCAGAGUUAACAACUUAGAAUUACAUAUCCAUCUAAUUAGAAUUAUAAGAAGUCUGCUUAAUUAUCGUUAGCCGUUAUUUACUAAAGACGUAAUAAUAAUAAUUCAGGCAUUUAUUAUAUUUUGUCGGUGCAAAAAGUUGCUUUUAAUAUUUAUACGUUUUCAUGACUUAAGUACGAAGCACAAAAGUUUGAUAUAAUUUUUUUUACAAAAUUACAGUAAGAAAUAUAUUAACUUUCUAUUAUUGUUUAGUAUUUAUUUAUUCAAGAAAUCUGUGAUCUAAAUUUUGUCAUAGUGCAAUAUUAGAAGGAAAAUUAAGUUUAUUAUUUAUGGAGAAAUUAGUAUUGUAUUACGACUCUUCUGGAUUUCAGAAUGAUGAUUGCCAUAUAUUUAAUAUUAUUGUGUGCGUGUGUGAGAGUAGACAAAAAUGCUAUGCAUUUUGUCAUUUUUAUUAGGAAUGAAAAAAAAGAUUCAUUCCAUUCUGUUGUAAAAUAAAGGCUCCAGAACUUAGGGAAAGCAUUUGUAAAAAAAAUUUAAAAAACAAAAAAAUUAUUGUACAGUAAAAUAUGUAGAAUGAGAGAUUAUCAGUAAUUAUACGGAUAAUUCCAUAAAUGGAGUAGCCAAACAGUGGAAUUUAAACAUUGCAGAGAGAGGUUUGUGCCUCAAGACAAAACUUGUUGUUUUGAAUCUUUGUAGGCUUUUUAUUAUUAUUUUUAUUUUUUUGUAGUUUUUCUCUUGAGCUUAGAAAUAAGUUUUUAGUAGAAAUCUGCACAUUGUUUUGUUGUAAAAUAUUGCUUGUAUAGCUGGUUGUAUUCCAGAUGUAGAUUAUUAAAUGUAAUAAAGUUUUUGUAUACAUUU